CAAAAAUGAGUUAGUGUGGAAUAUGCCAUUACAAUGAUGUGAAACUCAGUGGAAGCAACAGCGAGAGCCAUACCAUUCUGAUCCAUUCUGUAUAAGAUUUCUUUUACUGCAGAUGGGCUGUGCUUCCCCAUUCUUCCACCUGCAUUUACUCAGAGCUUCACAGGCCACACCACAAACUCACCAUGAUGACAUAAGAGCAGUGGGACUAGGUUUUUUUCCUGCUCUUUUCUUUUUUCUGUUCUGUAUUACAGUGAUUCUGGCAGGCAGUUCCCUCCUGACACUGUUUACAGCACUUGAUCAGUCUCUUAAUCUGUGUAGGGAAUUAAACAGGACAGCAUCAAAGGCAAGGUAGUAACCACAAGGAUGCAUCUUCAUUUUAUUCCCUUCUUUGCAGUGCUAAUUAGUGGCAUUUCAUGCACAUUUUAUGACUAUGGAUAUGAUGGAGGAUAUGCUGCCCCAGAGGGAGAUUACUACGCUUCAAGUUUAUCUUUGGGACCAUCUACUGCAAACUGUGCUCCAGAAUGCACCUGUCCUUUCAACUAUCCCUCUGCAAUGUAUUGUGACAACCGCAAAUUAAAGACAAUCCCAAUGAUUCCUGCUGGAAUACAAUACUUGUACCUGCAAAGCAACAUGAUUGAGGCUAUAGAAGAGAAUGCUUUUAAGAAUGUUACUGAAUUGAAAUGGCUUAUUCUAGACCACAACCAGUUGACCAAUGGCAAAAUAAAGAAAAAUGCUUUUUCCAGUCUAAAACAUCUAGUAAAGUUAUAUAUCAGUUUUAACAACCUCACUGAAUUGGUAGGGCCACUACCAAAAACUAUGGAGGAUCUUCGUGUAACCAACAAUAAAAUCUCAAAGAUUACUCCUAACAUUUUGGAAGGUCUAGAAAAUUUAACUCACAUUUAUCUGCAGCACAAUGCUCUAAAAGAAGAUUCAAUUUCAGGGGCAUUUAAAGGUCUGAAACAGCUUUCAUAUCUUGACUUUAGUUUUAAUGAAAUGACAAAGUUACCCAAGGGACUUCCACCAAGCAUAACUACUUUAUAUUUUGACAACAAUAAAAUUACUAAUAUCCCAGAUGAGUAUUUCCAAGGUUUUAAAGCUUUGCAGUAUCUUCGCCUGUCCAACAACAAAUUGAAAGAUGCAGGGGUACCUGGAAAUGCUUUCAAUAUCUCAAGUCUUGUUGAGCUGGAUCUUUCAUUCAAUGAACUUGGGAGCAUUCCAGCUGUGAACGAAGGUCUGGAAAACCUCUACAUGCAAGUAAACAAAAUUCAAAAAUUCACCCUGAACAGCUUUUGUAAAGUUAUUGGACCACUGGAAUACUCCAAAAUCCGACACCUUCGUUUAGAUGGAAACAAUAUCAGCAGAAUCGACCUUCCCCAGGACAUGUACAGCUGUCUCCGUGUGGCCAGUGAAAUAGACCUAGGUUAAAAGGCUUGGCAAUAUUCAGAGAGUGGUUAUCCAAGCUACUUCUUUAGUCUUUCUUUGAGUUUUCAGAAACAUUUUCAAAUAAAAAAAUUAUAGGUUCAAGCAUAUUACAUCAAAAAUGUUAGAUUGUUAUACAGUCCUAGAAAAUAUAAAUGCUUUUUGAAGCAUCCUAUACGUAGAAGUGAACUAACCACAAAUUAAUUUGAUAUAACUCACUUAUAUUAGUUACUAAAUAUUAGGGGGAGAAUAGUAGCAUUUCAAAAAUCAUACUUACGGCAUCCUCAGGACAAAAUAACCUUGGAAAGUAAUUUCUUCUUUAAUCAGAAAAAGAAUUUAUGGCCAGACAGCUAUCUGAAUUUCCCUGCCAAACUUACUCAGGAGGUUUAGGAAGCUGUCAUAUUGCCAUACUUGUACAAGGGAAUGUGGUCAGUAACCUAUAUUCCCAAGUGCGAAAUUUGUUGGCACUAUAUAAAUACAUGUUAAUAAUAAUAAUAAAGUGUCCUAAACAAGUAAUACUUGGGGGUUCAGGGGCUGCACCAUCAAGAAUCCACCUGUGGAUUACAAGGGUAUGAUAUUUGAAAGACAAUAUCCCUUUAAAUAUUUUAUCAGCACUACAUAAAAACAUUAUUAUGUGAGUAGCUGCAAGAAAGGGAAAUUUGAAAAGAAGGGAGAUUUAAAAGUACUAACAGUGUGCUGUGACACCAAAAUAUUUCUGUACCAGUUCAUUGUUGUGUAAGGCUACUUGAGUACAAAUUACCUCAUUAGGAUUGCAGCUACUCUCAGACUUCUGCAUGAGUUGUUAUAUCUUAGUGGAGGUAUGUAAAAACACACACAUAGAAUAUAACACACAUGCACAUACAGACACAUGUCUUCUUUUUCGUGAUUUGCAAUUAUCCGAAGGACUAAUCCAUUAAAUUGUAAUUACUUUUUUGCAUUAAUAUUUGUGGUCAACUGCUGUUUAAAUAAUGAAAGCAAACGUCUGAUUGGUUACUUUUGCCAAAAAUAUGCAAACCUUGCCUGCACUUAAUUCCUUGAAAGAAGCAGCUUUGGUAUCACUGAUCAAGAAAUACUCUUUAGACUUCUACAAUGAUCUCUUUCAACUAGGCUAAAGAAUAUUUGUAUACUAACAAAUGUUAUUACUAACAGAGCAUGAAUUUAGUGACCACUUGGUCUGUUUACUUUGCUAGAAAGAUUCAGGGCAUGAUUUGUACAGUGAAUUGAGCUACACAUUUUCCAUCUUCAGAAUCUCAGUAAUAUUUGCAUAUAAGUUUUGUACUUUGGCAAUAGUAGAAGUGUUAUAAUUUUGCAAUCUUCUUAAACCAUAACGUCUUACAGAAAUAAAAUUCAAAUCUACUAGUUAUAUUAUAUAUAGUUUUUUUUUACAGUUUUAAAUAAAGGCUUUUGAUUUC